GUAUAUAUAAGAGAAGAAACAGUAACAGAAUAACUCAACUUCCUGGAGGGGUCGGUACUUAUAAUGAAACUGUUCAUCGUCGUCGUUUUGGCGUGCUUGGCCGCGGUCCAGGCUCGCGAGAUCAGCUACCAAUCGAUCGUUCCAUUUCGUGAAGCUACUCGUAGUUCGCGUAUCGUGAACGGUUUCCCAGCGUCGCUCGGUCAGUUCCCGUACCAAGUAUUUCUAGUCGGCGAUGGCCGUCUGGCAUGCGGCGGAUCCCUCAUCUCGGCUGAAUGGGUCCUAACAGCUGCUCAUUGUCAAGUGGGAAUCUCCCAGUUCACAGUCCGCGCUGGAUCGAUCCAAAAUAACUCAGGAGGUACCGUGCGUACCUCCAAUUUGAUCAUCAUCCAUCCAAACUACAACCCUAGCAAUCUAAACAACGACAUUGGUCUGAUCCGCUUGAACGAACCCAUGCCACUAGGCGGCAACAUUCAGGUCGUUGCUCUUCCCGAAGCAAAUCUAUCAGAGACAUUCCUUAACCGUGAAGCUACCGUUUCCGGAUUCGGACGUACCAGUGACGCAAGUGGCGCCAUCUCCCCUAACCUCAACUUUGUUCACUUGAACAUUAUCUCGAACAUCCAGUGCAUGGGAACGUAUGGUUCGGCAACCAUCAUCGACUCCACUGUCUGUGCGGUCGGUCGCGACGCUCCAAACCAGGGCACAUGUAACGGAGACUCUGGUGGCCCAUUGACUGUCAAUGAAAACGGCCAAUCCGUCCAGAUUGGUGUGGUGUCCUUCGUUGCUGCCGCUGGGUGUGAACUUGGUUUUCCUUCCGGUUAUGUACGCACCACCCAUUUCCGUAACUGGAUUCGGGAGCAAUCUGGCAUCUAAGCUUAGAACGCAAGGAACUCUACCAAAAGCUCAUUAGUUAUGCACACUUAGUGGUUUCCGCUAAAUGUGUCAUAUGAAUACUCCCCAUUCCAAUUGUUUAAUAAAACUGUUUUUACAUCUUUAAA